AUGCCACCUUGGCGAUCGAUCCUCUCUAGUCACAGCACUGACGUCAGCAAACGUCUAAUCGUUCUUUCCUCAGGUCUUGUCGCAUUGACGUCAGCCAAGGGUACGCGGAAUUCGCUCGUGCAAGAACGACUGACGUGUUCGUUUCCUUUCUGGCCCAGCAGCGACGUCACGUCCGCCAUGUCGUAUGCCAACGGCGGUGGGAGCCGGGCCGGUGUUCGGCUGUGCGGCGCGAUUGAUUGA